AUGUAUUUUGCUAAAAAAAAGCUUUAUCAUCUUAUAAAGAAAAUGUUGAUCUUCUUCCUUGGUACCUUAUUCGCACCAUGUUUGGCCGUUCCGGGACCGGUCCUGAGUGCACCGCAAGGUUUUGCAUAUGCUGUUGACGUCGACAAGGCUCUACCCCCGAGUUUCUUCGAAUGCGUAAAACGUGCCGGUUACAGUGCAGUCUUCACCAGAGCCUAUGACCCUACAGGUGCAGGCAGAUUUGAUUCAAAUGCAGUCAAUAACAUUCGUAAUGCCAAGAAGGCUGGUCUUGAGACAGAGGUGUUUAUGACACCAAACGUUCGUUCGCUCAAAAACGGUAAGAAACAGUUCACAGAACUCUACCGUGGACUAAAGAAACAAAAAAUUGAGGUGAAGACCGUUUGGCUUCAGGUCUCCUCAUCUAUGAACUGGAAGAACAGCACUAGAGCGAACAUUGCGUUCCUAAAGGAUAUCCUCGAUAAGGCAAAGAGCUAUGAUGUAACAAUUGGCUUCUACACAAAUGCGUACGCUUGGUCGAAAAUAGCAAAUGGUGCAUGGGUGCAGAAUCCGUUGUUGUGGUACUGUAAGGUGAACGGAGAGGGCUCAAGUGGUGAGACUGAAGCCAACUUUAGCGAUUUCGAACCAUUUGGAAACUUCGUGGAGCCGAGAGUUAAACAAUUCGGUAAAAUGGUAGAAGUCUGUGGAGUCACUGUAAACAAAAACAUCUACACACUAAACCAGUCGAUGCACUUCCUUGCACCAUCUGCAGAAGAGCACGAAUUGAUUCAAAAGUUUUUACGGACACGUAUGGGUGUUCCCCAUGUACCCACAGCAUUCAUACUUCGCGAGAGAGACGGCGAAUCCGUGAGGGACCGCAGCCUAUGGUAA